AUGUCUAGACUAGUCGAGCUGGUCUCGGUCUUGGUAUUCUUAAGUCAGACUAUCGCUCAUGUGACAAUGUGGCAUCCAUCUGCGUAUGGAUAUGACGCUCUCAAUCCCAACCAAGAAGAUUUAGUCAAUCCUCUUUACAACCUCACUUUUGAUCAAUGGUGGUUUCACGGAAAUAUCAGUAAUCCUCCCGCCGACGGAGAGAUGCUCAUUCUUCCCGCCGGGGGAACGUUGAACGGUGAAUUAGGAUGUAACAAAGCAUUGACAUCGUAUGGUGAUCCCAAUAAUCCACUUCGAAAAGUUCCAUAUGCUUGCGACACCAUAGGUCCUCUUCAUACCACGGACACAUACGGUUCUUCAAAUCCUACCGAUGUCAAAGGUUGUGCUUUAUCCAUAGCAUACAAAAGUGACGUUUAUUCCAUCACCACUGAAGAUUUCGUUGUUAUUUCGGUCAUUUAUCAAUGUCCAUGGGAAAAAAAUAUCACUUUUCAUAUCCCACCUGAUCUUCCACCUUGUCCACCUGGAGGUUGUCAUUGCGCUUGGCACUGGGUACACAGUCAAUUAUCAGGAGGAGAACAAAUCUAUUUCAAUGGAUAUAAAUGUAAUGUUACCGAUACCACCAACACCGUUCCUCUACCUCCUGGUGAGUUUUUCUUCUUUUUUUCUCUCUUCACCUUUACUCGUUUCUCUCUUCUUCAGUAG